AAACACCUGUCAGAAAUAAUGUGCUACAAAAGAUUUACACGGGUACAAAUGGUGUCAGUUGUUCUAGUCCUUCUGUUUGUGUGCAUAUUUAAAGUCAACUAUGACAAGAACUCAACAAAGAUUCCAUCUAUAAAUAAAGAGGAAUAUAACGGUCUGAAAUCAUUCACAUAUGAAAAAAGAGCUGAUAACAAAAAAGCUUUACAGCCCAUUCAGGAAUCAGAUUCUGUAGAUUCUAUCAGAAAGGAUUGCGGAAAACUUUGUGAAACAAAUGCAAAAGGGGUACCUGGACCUUACUUUGAUCAAAUAACUGUCCCAAUUGAUUGUCAAGCGCUCUUUAAAAAUGAACAUAUAGAUCGUGGCCACGGCUUAUCUAAUGCCCCCAAAAAUAUACCUAAAUAUUUGCAUAUGGACUUUACGAUGAACAAAAGACUAAAGGUGUCACCAUGGUAUUUCAAUGAUGGGGGAUAUUUGGGUAAGACAGCCAAACUGGCAGUUUGGACAGAACAAAUAAUCGAGGAAUACAUUUCUUUGGCAAAAGACAACAAGUUAAAAGGAACGUAUGGCGUAUCAGAAACAAAUGCUUUACGAGACGGUUUAAAGCAUGCACCUGGCAUUAUGAAUGGUCGAGUUUUAGUUAUAGGUUCAGAAAUUCCAUGGGUAGAAGCAUGUGCGUUGGAAGCAGGAGCACGCGAGGUUGUAACGUUAGAAUAUGGUAAAGUUGUUUCAAAACAUCCUAAAAUAAAGACAAUGAUUCCCGAUCAAUAUCGGAAAAGUUACUUAAAUAAAACUCUAGGGAGUUUUGAUGCUGUUGUUACUUUUAGUUCAAUAGAACAUUCCGGUUUAGGCAGGUAUGGUGACGGACUAAAUCCCUGGGGAGAUAUUAUUGCCAUUGCCAGGGGGUGGUGUGUAACUAAGAAAGGUGGAUCGUUAACCAUUGGCGUUCCAUAUAAUUAUGAAAUGGAUUAUAUCAAAUUUAAUGCCGGAAGAUGGUAUGGAAAGAUAAGGUAUCCAUAUCUGACUACAAAUUGGAAACAGCAUUAUCGAGGUUACGGACUCCAACGCGUACAUGUUUUUACUAAGAACAAUGAAAAUUUUACAAGACAGCUUGAUCAUUACAGGUUACAAGAACCACAUACUAAUUACCAUUUAAACAACAUUGAUCAACGCUUCUCGCAAGCACAUCAGGAUGAAACGGUGUAUCAAAUUUCCCGAAAGAAAAACGGAUUUUUUGUUGAAAUGGGAGCAUUCAAUGGUCAAACGUAUUCAAAUACUUUGUGGUUAGAACGAAAACAUAACUGGACUGGACUUUUAAUAGAAGCUAACCCCAAUCUUUGUCGUCAAAUAGAUGCGAUGAAGCGGCACGCUUGGCGUCUUUGUGCAUGUAUAUCAGAUACAUUAAAUAAAACUGAAUUUAUUCAGAGUGGCGCAGUAGGCGGCAUGGCGUCUGAAUUAGAUGAUGACCAGAUGAAGAUGGUAAAAACUAAACGAACAAUUUCAGUUCCUUGUUUUAAUAUGAUGAAAAUCCUAGAUCUGAUAGGCGUGCAACAUAUUGACUACUUUUCGUUGGACGUUGAAGGAUCAGAAAUGAGUAUUUUGAAGUCAAUAAGAAACGAACUCAUAUCCGGAAAAAUAGUGGUAGAUAUUUGGUCUAUUGAAUAUAGGACAUGGGAUGGAAAACAAAAUAUUAUAAACAAGUCAUUACAAAAAUUAAAGAAUUUACGAGAUUUUUUUGAAAAUAUUGGAGGUUAUGUGGAACAUUCUCAGUUAAAUAAUGAAGGUGGUGAUAUUAGAGACGGUAUGGCAUUGGACGUUGUGUUUGUUCGGCUCUCGGCACUUACGGAGGAAACUCUAAAAGCCGAUAUACCGGCUUCGGCAUAUACAGUUACAGGGAGGUAAUGACGUUGCUAACGUAAAAUGUUAUUUUCGCGACGUCAAACUGUAACCUAUGGGGAAAAGAUGCAUUUUUCGACUGAUUUUUAUCAUUCAAACUGAUUUGAUUUGAAAACGAGUUCAUGGACCCAUAUUUUUCAAAACAGCAAUUUGUUUCAUUUUGCAGGGAGAUUAUGUGACCCAAAUUUUAUAAAACUGUAAAACUUCUUAUUCUGUAGUCUGACCAUCAAACGAUGUACUUGUUAAUAAAUUAGUUUUAUUUCAUAUCGGUUUAGAAUAAGAUUCUCUUAUUGGAUAAAAAGGGGUCACAUGACAUUCAUUAAUCUUCAGUAAUAAAUUCAAUGGGUCAUUUACAGAACGAUAUGGACCAGAAAACCGGUCGUUAAUGAACUUUUACAUGAUAUGGACCGGUGGGGCGUGGUUUACGUCUGAUAAUGACCGUUGGGGCGUGGUUUCCGUUUGAUAAUGACUGUUGGUGCGUGGUUUCUCUGUUU